GCAGAAUCUGACUGAAUGUUGAGAUCUCAUUUAUUUGUGUGGCUCCAAAUCGCAUGGCGUUUCCUUCAUCACCUCCAAUGGCAGUUGUGUUUUACCUAAAAAUCAUUAUUUUUAUGGCGCUGCUAUUUGGUGAUGGUCAGUCCUCUCGGUUAUACACAGAAGAGGAUCCAGUGGUCAUCUUGACCAGCGACACCCUGAAGCCGUCCUUGUUCAACUCGUCCAACGCCUGGAUUGUUCAGUUCUACUCGUCCUGGUGUGGACACUGUAUCCAAUACUCACCUACAUGGAAAGCACUGGCAGGCGACGUGAAGGAUUGGGGACAGGCCAUUCGUAUUGGAGUGUUGGACUGCGCUCAUGAGAAGAACUUUGACAUUUGUAAGGAGUUUGGAAUCCACUUCUACCCCACCUUCAGGUAUUUCAAGGCACUUGAUUCCACAAAUGAUUUUGGGAAGACAUAUCGAGGGGUUGACAGAGAGCUGCAGACAGUGAGGCAGCUGAUUGUGAACUUCCUCCAAAACCACACAAGACACAACUGGCCUGUUAGCUGGCCUUCCCUGGACCCUGCCAGGGCUGAGGACAUACUGUCCUUAAUGGGGACAAAAACAGAGCACUACACGGCCAUAAUAGUUGAAGAUAGAGACUCCUAUAUAGGCAGAGAGGUAAUUUUGGACCUAAUGCCAUAUGAGGGUAUGACAGUGAAGAGAGCUCUGAGCUCAGACAAGCUUCUAAUGGAGAAAUUAGGGUUCAGUUCAGUUCCAUCAGCGUAUCUCAUCCACCAUAAUGGCACACACACUGUCAUGAAUGUUCAGAAGAGACUGCGCUUCUUCUUCUCCUCCUUUCUGAAACUCCUCCCCGGAGUGCACAGGAAACAGUCCACUGCGUCCCUGCAGCAUCCUCAGCCUGGGAUUAAUGGACAAGGAAACCAAGUGAAGUGGAAAGACUUUAAAAAGUCUAAGGUGUACAUGGCCGAUCUGGAGUCUGGUUUACAUUACCUGUUGAGGGUUGAACUGGCCACUCACAAGACCUUAGAAGGAGAAGAAUUAAAAACUUUCAAGGAUUUUGUAACAGUUGUCGCCAAGCUAUUUCCUGGUCGCCAAUCAGUGGUGAAACUUCUUGAGACUUUACUAGAGUGGCUAGUCAGUUUGCCUUUGGAGAAGAUCCCCUUUGAUGCUAUCUUGGACCUGGUCAACAACAAGAUGAGGAUCUCAGGGCUGUACCUGAGUGAGCAAGUGCAAUGGGUUGGAUGCCAGGGCAGUAGUGUGGCACUAAGAGGAUAUCCCUGCUCCCUCUGGACUCUGUUUCAUGUUCUGACUGUCCAGGCUGCCAACCGACCGGAUGCUCUAGCUAACACUGGGUUUGAAGAAGAUCCCUUGGCAGUACUUCAAACUAUGCGCCGUUACAUCGGGACCUUUUUUGGUUGCCAGGAGUGCGGGAAACACUUUGAAGAGAUGGCACAGGAGUCUCUGAACCAGGUCAAAUCAGUGGAUGAGGCAGUACUGUGGCUGUGGAGAAAGCACAAUCAGGUUAACACGAGACUGACAGGGUCGAUGAGUGAGGACCCCAUGUUUCCUAAGACUCAAUGGCCCACUCCUGAUCUCUGUCCAACAUGCCAUGAGGAGCAAGAAGGCCUUCAUGUCUGGAAUGAACAGAUGGUGCUUGCUUUUCUCAAACAGCACUAUGGUGCUUCAAACAUUUCCCCAAAAUACACCAGCAGCAGCCAACCAGAGCCAGGCCCUCCAGCCCUUGAGAAACCCAAAGCUAUUACUGACAACAAAUUUCACCAUAACCAAAAUGUAAAGCAAUCUCCUGAGAGUGUUCCUAAACAUUUGAAGAGGAUUGACACAGAUGGUGAGAAAGGGACAGGUGUCCAGUUAGAAACCAGGCCAGGCAUGACGUUUCUGGGUCUGGGGUUCUCCAGCGUGGACAUGAGUCUUUGCGUGCUGCUGUACUCCCUCUCCUGCAUUUUCCUCAUGGUCAUGUUCUUCUUCUUUCGUGUUCGAUCAAAGAGAUGGAAGGCCAAAAGCUUCAGGCCUUACGUAUAGUAUCCGUAUUACAACACUGAGAGGGAAAUCUCUUCAGGAUAAGGUGAAUGUAAUAUAUGAAACCCCUGCCAAGUGUUGAAUGAGACUAAUUUAUUUGAUGAAUUUAAUUUGUUCUGUUGUGUUUUUGUUUUGUUUCCAAUAUUUUGUAAUGAAGAGCUUGUCUAAGGACUGACAAAUGUUUGGCUUGUGUAUCAGGCAUAUUUAUGUGAACGAGCACCUGUUAGUGAGUAUUUCUCAACCUUAAACAAACAGAGAGGGGGAUUUAACAUGAUAAACUAUUUUAUUAUUCUAAAACUAAAUUGAGCAAACUAGGUCAGAAGUAUAUUUUAAGGAAUAUUCUACAUUAUUUAUAGAGAUUUUUAAUAAAAUAAAAAGUUUCAGUAUUUCUAUGUGACAGUUAAAAAAACACUUGAGAAUAUGAUUUAUCCUACCAUUCGAGGUCACUGGCGGAGAAGUUAGUGACACGUAACGCACUGCCUUGUCAAUGACCAGACUUGGAAAAACCUGAUUUGAUACUUUCAUUGUUGACUGAAAUCUGCUCUGAACAUGUUUUUUUUUUUGUCUACAUGUGAAGUUACAAAAAGCUACAGUGUCAUUAUACAUUAUUUUAACAUUCAUGUGAGAUCCUUGGUGGAUCUGAAUAUAGGAAUAUUAUUGUCCUAAUAAGCAAAUCAACUUUUAUUUUAUUUUUAAACCUGAUUAUUAAAAAGAUAGUUUGCCCAAAAAGGAAAAUUCUAUCAUUCAGUCAUCAUUUACUCACCCUCAUAUUGUUCCAUUUUCCUAUGACUUACUUGCCUCUAUGGAACACAAAAGAAGAUGUGACCAUCUCAGUCACCAGUCGUUUUCAUUGUAUGGAAAAAAGAUGCAAUAAUAGUGAUUGGUGAUUGAGACUAAAAUUCUGUGUAACAUCUUUUGUGUUCCACGAAAGUAAGAAAGUCAAAGGGUUUUGAUAAAGCUUGAGGGUAAAUGAUGACAGAAUCUUCAUUUUUGGGUGAACAAGACCUUUAAGCAUCAUAAGUGUUUGUAUACAAUUCUGCAGCAAUGCAUUUAAUGACACAAUUAAUCUCUGCAUAUAAAAACAAGUUUAGCCCAUUUUAUGAAACAUUUCUUAUUCAUUUUAUGACAAUUUGGUACUCAAUUAUACUGAGCACACUUUGAUGACUUUUUUACUCGUUUAUUCAUAUUCUCAAUUGAAUAUGUCAUAAUAGCUGUCUUUUUCUGUAAAUUGCAGAUACACUUUUGAACUGGAUAAUGCUUUUUUAAAAUAUUUUGGUCUAAGUCAACUAUAAUAUAUAUAUAUAUAUAUAUAUAUAUAUAUAUAUAUAUAUAUAUAUAUAUAUAUAUAUAUAUAUAUACACACACACACUGAUCAGCCACAACAUACAAACCACUAGCCUAGGUCCCCCUCGUGCCACCAAUAGCUCUGUUAACACCAAUAACAACAGCUCUGACCCGUCAAGGCAUGGACUCUACAAGACUUCUGAGGAUGUCCUGUGGUAUCUGGCACUAAGACGUUAGCAGCAGAUACUUUAUGUCCUGUAAGUUGUGAGGUGGGGCCUCCAUGAAUCGGACUUGUUGGUCCAACACAUCCCAUAGAUGCUCAAUCGGAUUGAGAUCUGGGGAAUUUGGAGGCCAAUUCAACACCUUGAACUCUGUCAUGUUCCUCAAACCAUUUCUGAAAUUUUUUUACAGUGUGGCAGGGCACAUUAUCCUGCUGAAAGAGGCCACUGCCAUCAAGGAAUACUGUUGCCAUGUAUGUGGUCUGCAACAAUCUUUAGGUAGGCGUUACGUGUCAAAGGACCCAAGGUUUAACAGAAGAACAUUGCCCAGAGCAUCACACUGCCUAAGUCGGCCUGCCUUCUUCCCAUGGUGCAUCCUGCUGCCAUCUCUUCCCCAGGUAAACGAUGCACACGCACCCGACCGUUCACAUGAUAUAAAAGUGAACGUGAUUCAUCAAGGAAGGCCACCAUCUUCCAUUGCUCCAUGGUCCAGUUCUGACGCUCACGUGCCUAUCGUAGGCACUUUCAGCGGUGGACAGAGGUCAGCAUGGGCACUCUGACCAGUCUGUGGCUAUGCAGCCCCAUACGCAGCAAGCUGUGAUGCACUAUGUUUUCUUACACCUUUCUAUCAUGUCCAGCAUUACGUUUUUAGCUCUUCUGUGGGAUCGGACCAGACGGCUAGCCUUCGCUUCGCAUCAAUGAGCCUUGGGCGCCCAUGACCCCGUUGUCGGUUCAAAGGUUGUCCUUCCUUGGGCCACUUUUGGUAGGUACUAACCACUGCAUAAUGGGAACACCCCACAAGACAUGCCAUUUUGGAGAUGCUCUGACCCAGCUGUCUAGCCAUCACAAUUUAGCCCAUGUCAGAGUUGCUCAGAUCCUUACGCUUGCCCAUUUUCCUGCUUCCAACACAUGAAAUUCAAGAACUGGCUGUUCACUUGCUACCUAAUAUAUUCCACCCCUUGACAGGUGUCAUAGUAUUAAGAUAAUAAAUGUUAUUCACUUCACCUGUCAGUGGUUUUGAUGUUGUGGCUGAUCAGUAUUUAUACUGUAUAUAUACACUGUAUAGGCAUUCUGUUGUAGAGCUCUUACAAGUCACGUCAAAAGUGUCUUCACAAUUGUUUACUGUAAAAAGAAUGAAGCGUUCAGGUUACAUGUGAACUGCUACAACAUUAUUUUGAUUUGUAAUUUGGAGUCUAAAAUAUGUGCUGAUAUUUUGAUGAUUCACACAUUUCUAAUUGCAUUAUCUGCAUUUGUUUUGUGAACUGAUUUGUAGUAAUGUGCUCAGCUCAUGACAUGUAUUUCACUAUCUAAUUGAGGAAUGUUAAUGUUGUCCUGAGGCUAAAUAUUUAUGAAGCAUUCUUAAUAAAGUACAGUUUAAUGACAUGUGUGCAUAAUGGUGGCCUUCUAAGCUGCUCCAAAUGAAUGGCUGCAAAUGACAUUGUUUUUUUUUUUUUAGUUUUCUCUCUCUCUCUCUCUCUCUCUCUCUCUCUCUCUCUCUGUGGUUUAAGAAUUAUAUUUUUAUUUAAAGACUAUAUUUUUGGUCAGUUGUUCUGUGUAUAUAUAUAUAUAUGUAGUUUGUCCUUACAGGGGAGUUUUUGUAUUUUGUAUGAAGAACACUGUAAUGUGUCUUUAAAAUA